CUCAGUGCAGCCUUUAUAUAGUGGCGAAACGACAGUGCCCAUGUCGCCCAAGAAGCGGCGAUACGUGGGCAACGCGAACGCCAAGAAGCGGCAGGAGGUCGAGGGCACGUUUGGGACGCAGCUGCAAUGUCGCCGGGCGGCUGGCCAUCCGCAGCAGACACUACCGAGCCCCGAAAGGCCGCCGCCCCUGCUUCGGCCAUCGUCCCCCGAGGCAGUGAACUCGCCCCGCGUCCAGCCGCCGCAGCGCAUUCAAGACCUCCUUGUGCAAAAUAUUCUUCGACACCAGCACGAAACCAAGACCUUCAAGACAGAGAGCUGGUACGAGUCUCCGGCGGGCUACGGUGCCAUAUCGAAUGCCAUCAUCGCUGCGCUGUCCAUCAAGGACAAUGCGCGCACGGGCUAUGUGAGCAUCGAUGACAUUGUCGAUACCUUUACCAAAAUGAACUUUGGACUCAAAGAAGACCAAGUCCGGCAACUCUUUCGCGAUAAUAACGCCGAGCCUGUACAUUACAAGACGUUUGCCAAGCAGUUUGACUUGCCACCCUCAGUGAGUGAAGACCCGAUUGCACGGCAAGAACGGACCGUGGCGCUGCUCCAAGAGCGAAUAAAAGAGCCGUCUCGCGUGCCGGUUCCAAGCUCCAUGAGCCGACGCAAGAAGCCAAUAAACGUGAGCGUCCUUGAGGAGAUUACGCCGGCACCGCCGACGCUGCCACCCAUCACGGUCACCACCACGGUGACAAAGGUCAACACACGCGAAAAAACCGCGUUCAACAUCAACCAUUUGGCGGAAGAGGGCAAACUGCCGUCCCAACGCGCUACUCGGCCAAGCUUGCGGACGGCGUCAUUCCGCAGACAGCGACCACGCUCGUGCUCGGUGGCGAUAUGCGGAACACGCCAAAGAGCCUUCGCCGCGCGCGCCUCAUGCCCCAAGUGAUCGAUCAAAGCCGCAAAGAAGGUCGUCGAAAAGCCAAAAAAGAGAUCCUCACAAACCACCUGGAACGCAUCGAUGCGUAUGCGGCGGCCCAAGACUAUGAGACAAAGCUGUACGAAGAGAACCACAUCAAAGCGACCACAGCCAAGCUCCUCGCCUACAACCAAGCCUUUCUCGACCACGCGCUGCAACGCGCCAACAAGGUGGAGCGAAAAGGGCUCCUCGACUCGGCAAUAUCGGAACGCAACCACAACGUGAGCAUGCAGUCUAUGUUCUUCCAACAGGACGCGCCGAGAUAGUAGAAAACCAGCACUAGAAUGUACUAGUACACUGUACAAGUCGGUCGAGC